AUGCAGAAGACUAUACUAGAUGAAGUCGCCUAUUUAGACUCAUCCAAACGCGUUUUGGCGCAACACCUUGAGGCAUCGAGACGAGUUGUGGAGGAACUUGGUCCAUGUGCGUCCGAUCUGGUGUGGCGACGUGCGUUGGGAGAUAUAGAGACCAGCUUGUCGACAUGGGACGAGCAUGACGACGACGAUGCUGCGCCCGAGAUAGCCCUGAAAGUUUCCGUCCGUGAUAUCGUCAAGAACUGGACGUUUGCUAUGCCCAAUCUAGAUAUCGGCUCCCGAGGCUUCAACGUCACCCCCAAGUUCUUGCGACUCGUACAGAUACUCAAGGCGUGUGACCCACUUGACAUGCGCUUCCGUGGUUUAGUUUUCGUCUCUAGCAAGGCCAUUGCUUGGGGCAUUAUUGACUUGCUAAAGGCAACGGGGGAGUUCCGAUGCCAGUCAUUAUAUGGUGAUGAGGCGCCUGCGGUCCAGCGAGACCUUUUCCAUUCCUUUAAGAAUGGCACUUGCAAUCUGAUUAUCGCAGUACAGUCGACGGAGGAUCUAGACAUACCUAAAGCUUCCAUCGUCAUCCGAUUUAGUUUAUCGCGUGACUACUUAUCACAUGCAUACAGUUACUCUCGAGCCCCCAGUUUCGACAGUCAUCUUGUGUUCAUGGCUGAACGUGAAAAUAACGUUCAUCGACAUGUUCUAUCCUCCCUCGCGCGUACCGACAAAAGCGUCUUGUCUUGGGUGACCCAAACCUCUGAGACUUCGUUCCCACCUUUAACCCUGUCAGAUAUGAUGGCUGUACUCAGUCUUGAUGAAGGGAUCGACGCCGAAGACAUCAAUCAACCGUGUAUCACUGAUGCCACUACCGGCUGCGAAAUUCGAGUACAAAAUGCUACUGCUGUUAUUUAUCGCUUGGGUGCUCAUCUUCUGGAACUAAAACCAGAUCGAGAUGGGGGAAAUCCUCGACUUGAAUAUGUUUCUGCUCAGCCAUUUUACACUUGUCAAGUGCAUUUGCCCGGAAUGCCCGGCGAGCUGUCUUGUAUCAGUGGGCCACAAUCCACGUCACAGGCGUUCGCCAGGCGUCAGGCGUGCUUCGUGGCCUGUGCUAGACUGGCUGAAGCUGGUCUUCUUCCACAUCAGUUUUUCCCAUUUCCAGAAAACAGACGUUUGUGGAAGCCCAAGGAUCUCCCACCUGCUACCGACGCCAAAGUGGCGGGAACGCGUUUCUACCCGGGGAGCGCACCGCGCUUUUGGCAGUCUUUCUGUUAUUCUCCGACGAACAUAUUGUACCCUACAGUCAUCUGUGGAGAUCGCCUUCAGAGGGAAGCUCAACAUGCGCCUCUAUUAUUCUUGACAUACCGUCCUUUACCUGAUAUUCCAAGCAUCAAGCUGUUCUUUCUUGGUAUACCGAUCGUCGUUCCGCUGCGACGGACUGCCUCUUUGUUCGUGAAUGACGAACAGGUGCAACUUCUUCAUGCAUAUACCAUCAGAUACUUUCGAACAAUUCUUAACAAACCAUAUACUUGUGAAUCGGGGAAGAUGGCCUAUUUUGUCGCUCCUCUCCAGUCAAAUUUCUGCUCUCCAGAACUUGAUCCAUCCCAGCCUUUUGAUUUACCUGACAUUAGCACCAGCUUAUCCUGGGAUGCUAUAAAAUUGGCUUCUGGCGGUCGAUGGGUUCCCUUGCAGUAUGGAGCUGCGGACGUGGUAGAGCCAGAUGUGCAGGACGCUGCUAUUCAAGGCCAUAUGGAGUUCAUCCGUCGUUACGAAGUUGUGAAGGUCAGACGUGAUCUGACCCCAAAAAGUAUCCAUCCGAACGACAAUUCAACAACUAUCCUUGAGUUUGUUCGGUCAAAAUACGAAAGCCUCCCGGAUCUGAAGGACGAGAAUCAAUGUAUCCUUGAGGUUGUGAAAAUCGACCCUUGGCUGCAAUACGCUAGUCCUUCGUCUAGACCCCAGAGUACUAAGUCUGAUUCUUUAUAUAUGAUACCGGAACUGUAUGCCAAGUGCACGGUUCCGUUAAGUGCCAUUCGCACGGGAUUUCUCCUCCCGUCAAUCAUGGAAAACAUCAAUCAUAUCUUGCUCGUCAAAGAGCUGAAUGCAAACAUUUUUGGUUUUUCCGUGGCCGAGGACCUACUCCGCAUGGCUAUCACCGCGCCAUCAGUGGGCCUUGUUUAUGAUUAUGAGCGCCUAGAACUUUUAGGUGACUCGUUCUUGAAAUGUGUCUCGUCUCUAUAUGUUUUCGUAACGGAACCAGACAGAAGCGAAGGCAACCUGCAUGCAUCAAGAAGAGAGCUCAUCAGCAACAACUCUUUACUUCACCAAGCCGUUCGCGUCGGGCUGCCUUCCUUUAUUCAAACGAAACCGUUCAGCAUCAAAUCCUGGUGUCCACCAAAUUUUACCAGGGACUCGAACAGCAAUACUACCAUCGGCCAGGUCCAGGAAUCUACUACACAAUCCGCACCUAAGCAGCCGGUGGCAACCCCCAGCCAAACUACAAGUACGCCCAGUACGAGCACAACAAAAGGCCGCUCUAGGAAAAGGAAGAAGAAAACUCGGACUUGGUGGACCGGCGAUUCCAACAAAUGCCUUGGGGACAAGACUGUUGCUGAUGUUGUCGAGUCUAUCAUCGGCGCUGCCUACCUCACAGGCGGCAAAGAUGUAGCACUUCGUGUUACAAAGGACCUGGGCAUAUCUCUUCCGAGGGUUGAACAGUGGUCAGAUUUUGGUCGUACAGCCAUGGCUCCUUCCUCCAAAGUCACUGCAAAACUUAAACCCGGAACUCUCCAAGCCAUCGAAAGUGCACUGGGGUGCAAGUUUAAACGGCCGUACUUGCUGGCACAGGCCUUGACACACAUUACUCAUCAAGGCUUUCAGGCUUCUUGUUAUGAAAGGUUCGAAUUUGUCGGAGAUGCAGUACUCGACUUCUUGGUUGUCCGGCAUAUCUUCAGUCGUAACCAAGGACUCUCGCCUGGUGCGCUGACAUUGCUGAAGGGUGCGAUGGUGUCAAAUCGCGCAUUAGCUGCUCUUUGCGUGUGCUCCAACUUACAUCAACAUCUCUUGUUCCGGUCAGCGGAGCUUGCUCUGAGCAUCAGCAACUAUGAAAAAGAAGUGAAGCGUAAACAAAAUGAGGAAUACGCUGCUGCACAAAAGGAGGGCCGGGCAUCGGGACAGUUCUGGUUUGAUAUUGACGCUCCAAAGCCUCUGUCGGACGUUGUAGAAUCCAUAAUGGGAGCGAUGUGCAUAUCGGAUGACUUCCUGCCAGAUGGUGUAGAGGCCAUUUUUAUGAAUCUUGUCCAGCCGUUUUACGACAAGCAUAUCACGCUUCAAACACUGUCCCAUCAUCCGACCAAGGUUCUUUUAGAACUCCUUCAAGCUAGCGGAUGUCAAGAUUUCGAGAUCUGCAAAGAAGAAGAUAAUGGUAGCAUUCGAUGCAGCGGUAAGGUCACUCUUCUAUGUCUAAUCAUACUCGUCCAUGGUAUUGUGUUGGCUAGUGCUUCUGAGGCCAAUCCUACCAGUGCCGCCCGUCUCGCUUCACUGUGGGCUUUGGACGCACUGGAAGGAGAUCUUCAUUUCUUAGCUCGGACGUGUGAUUGUAGGACAGAGGACAAUGCGAAGAGUCACCUAGAUUAG